AUGGAAAAGCUAGAAGGGAGAUAUAAAAGAGAGUUUUUCAUACGAACAACUUGUGAGAAACGUGAGCAAAUUUUAGCCUUCAUCAAAGACAACAAGCAAAAGAUACGAAAUUGUUAUUCAGAGACCUGUGAGCUUGACAAUCAUGAUUAUGUGAUGAUGAUUCUACGUGAUGCUAUUUUUGUCAUAGAGCUCCUCUUGAGGAAUUUUGAGGAAGAUGAAAGAGACUUUCUGUUAGUUAUACCAGCAGAAAAAAAUGCUUUAAGGUUGGACUUGCAAUUACUGGAAAAUCAACUUCCAUAUUUUUUGCUUGAGGGAUUAUACAAGUUAGUAAUUAGCAGCCCUUCCUUCAUGCAUCUUUGUUUUAAAUUCUUUGAGGAUCAGAUGUUUGAUAGUGUACCUGAGGAAACAGUGUUUAAACAUUUCACCGAUUUGCGAAGAAGUGCUCUAGUGAAAAGCUACCCGAAACAGAAGUUUGAAUAUCCUGAAAUUGAUUUACCUUGUGCGGCGAAGUUACAUAAAUCAGGAGUGAAAUUUAAGGCUGUUCAUAAAACGGAUCAGUGCUUGCUUGAUAUAAAAUUUGAAGUAGAUGAGUUGAGAAUACCACAUUUGAAAGUUUACGACGAGACAGAAACUAUACUUCGGAACAUAAUGGCUGUGGAGCAAUGUCUCUAUCCAGAUGAUACACGGGUUUGCUCUUAUAUUGAGCUAAUUAAUGGUCUUAUUGAUACUAAAAAAGAUAUGAAUUUUUUUGCUGAUGCGGGUAUCAUAAGUCAUUUCAUGGUAGACGAUGCUUCAGUAGCAAAUAUGUUUAACAGACUUUCCUUGUAUAUUCAUACGAAAAAAUCCAGUUACUACGCCAUUCGCAAGGAUCUGAAAGAACACUAUAAGAAUCCUUCGAACCAUACCAAGGCAGCCUUUAUACUCUGGUUCGAUGAUCCUUUGAAAUCUUCCGGAACAUUUUUGGCCGUUUUCACCGUGGUGCUUACUUUGAUACAAACCAUAAUUUCCAUCAUAGGAGCUGCCACCGGACCUGCUUGUUGUACGCCUUGUUGA